AGAGGAGGGCAACAACUCAUUAGCAGGAGCUCUGUAGGUGUGCAUCCUGCUCCUUGCCACAUGUCUGCAGGGGGAUUUCUUCAGAGUGCAGAGCAACCUGGGAACUGCUGGAGUAUUUUAAGUCUUUCCUUGAGAUGUCAGCCAAGAGCUUCAGUGUAGCCCCAGUGGCUACUGUGCUGAUUUUCUUCCUAGAGACACAACUCUCAGUGCCAGCGCCGGUGAAUGGGUCAAAGUGGUCUUAUAUCGGUCCCGAGGGAGAGAAGGCCUGGCCAAAGAAAUACCCAUUUUGUGGAGGAGUGUUCCAAUCUCCAAUUGACUUCCACAAGGAUAUUCUCCAGUACGAUUCCAAUCUCCUGCCUCUGGAAUUCAUCGGCUACAACGUGUCCUCCACUGAGCAUUUCACACUGACCAACAAUGGGCAUUCAGUGAAGAUGUACCUGUCACCCACCAUGCACAUCAGGAACCUCCCUUUCGAGUACGCUGCGUCUCAGCUCCACCUGCACUGGGGGAACCGCAACAAGUCAGAAGGCUCGGAGCACACGGUGGCUGGGAAGCAUUUUGCAGCAGAGCUGCACAUCGUGCACUACAACUCUGAGAAAUACCCAGAUGUAACAGCAGCCAUGGACAAAGAGGAUGGCCUGGCAGUUCUGGCUGUUCUCCUCGAGAUUGGGCCCUUCAACCCAUCCUAUGAAAAGAUCUUCAGGCACUUCCGGAACGUGAAGUACAAGGACCAGAAGGUCCAAGUGCCUGGUUUCAACGUUGAAGAACUGCUCCCUGCCAGGCUGGAGGAGUUUUAUCGCUAUGAAGGGUCCCUGACAACUCCCCCCUGCUACCCCAGCGUUCUCUGGACGGUUUUCAGACACCCCGUCACGAUUUCACAGGAGCAGCUCCUGGCCCUGGAAACAGCCAUGUACUGCACGGAGAGCGACGACCCAGAGCCCCUGGAAAUGGUGGAUAACUUCAGGAACGUCCAGGAAUUCCAUGAAAGACUGGUUUUUAUCUCCUUCCAGGAAGGGUUUGUUGUUUCUGCUGUGAUAGCCUGCAUCCUGGCAGUCCUCACCAUCCUUGCAGUAGCCCUGUGGCUCCUGAAGAAGAGAAGCUGCAAAAAGGAAGGGCAAGACAACAGAGGAGUCAUCUACAAACCAGGCACGUACAAGGAGGAAGACGACCUCUCCAAGAUGUGAUGCCCUGAUCUGUCACAAAAGCCCCUUUACACUCGUAGCACUGACUUACUUUGGGUUGGGGAGACACAUCUCUUGUCCUUGGCUAAUGAUAAACCUCAGGAGAGUUCUAAAAACAGGCACCAGCCAAA